UUGGCUAGCGGCCCGUGCGGGCUCAGGGCCGAGCCGUGCGGGCGGCUCCGGCGCUGGGGCCGCGGUGUCCCGGCGGGAUGUCGGGGCCCAACGCGGAGCCGCACGUGCCGGCGGGCGACGGCGGGGACGGGGACAGCGACAGCUUCGGGGAGGAAGAAUAUGCAGCAAUAAACUCCAUGCUGGACCAGAUCAACUCCUGCUUGGAUCACCUGGAGGAGAAGAAUAAUUACCUACAUGCCUGCUUGAAAGAGCUGCUGGAGUCCAACCGCCAGACACGUCUGGAGUUCCAGCAGCAGAGCGAGCAGCAGAACAUGGAAGCUGAUGUGCACGGAUCGCAGCCUCCCAAAUAGUGUCUGUCCACAACCUCAGUAUUGCUGAGGGAACUGGUCACUGAUUUAAACUG